GAGGAGGCGCAGCGCAGCCAUCUCGCGUGCUAUUUUGCUCUGCUCGCUCGCUCGCUCGUCUCCACACCUUCUCCUCCUCCUCCCACACUGCUGCGCGGCCGCCGCCGCCGCCGCCGCCUUCCGCAUCGUCGCCGUCGAUUUUGCGGAGCUCCAGUGGAUGGAGGUGAUGGAUUCGGUGGCCGUGAUGGAGGUCUCGCCGGUGCCGAAGCCGCCACUGGAGGCGGCGCUUGCGCUGCGCCGCAGCGUUCGGUGCUUGAACAGGACGCGCCGUCCCACUUACGUGGAGCAGGAGGAGCCCAAGGAGAGUGCUGGCCGGCGGCGCGGCGGCAAGAGGAAGCGGGAAGAGGAGAAGAAGGAGCCGGUGGCGCAGCACGCCAUGAAGCCGGUCAGGAUGGGCGAUGCAGCCUCGGAGAGGAAGCCCUCCUCGGAGGGGAAGCCGAUGCCCGCAAUUGCGGCGGAGCCGGUUUCUUGUGCCGGGUUCGCACGACCUGCUGCCGAGGAUGAUGUCCUUGGCAACGGGAAGAGUGCGAAACUGCGGGUGAAGGAAACCUUGAGGGCAUUCACCAGCCAUUACCUUCACCUUGUCCAGGAGGAGCAGAAAAGAGCACAAGCGGUGUUACAGGAAGGCCAGAAGCGUCCAUCAAAGCGGCCUGACUUGAAAGCCAUUACAAAGAUGCAAGAAAGCAAUGCCGUGCUUUAUCCAGAGAAGAUAAUAGGGGAACUACCUGGUGUUGAUGUUGGGGAUCAAUUUUAUUCUCGUGCCGAGAUGGUUGUUUUGGGCAUUCAUAGUCAUUGGCUGAAUGGCAUUGAUUAUAUGGGAAUGAAAUAUCAGGGAAAGGAGGAGUAUGCAAACCUAACUUUCCCACUGGCAACUUGUAUUGUCAUGUCGGGAAUAUAUGAAGAUGAUCUUGAUAAGGCAGAUGAAAUUAUUUAUACUGGUCAAGGAGGAAAUGAUUUACUCGGUAAUCAUCGCCAAAUUGGCUCUCAACAACUGCAACGUGGAAAUUUGGCAUUGAAGAACAGUAAGGAUAAUGGCAAUCCCAUAAGAGUUAUCCGAGGACAUAUAUCAAAGAAUAGCUACACUGGGAAGGUCUACACCUAUGAUGGGCUGUACAAGGUUGUAGAUGACUGGGUGCAGAAUGGAGUACAAGGGCACGUUGUUUUCAAAUAUAAAUUAAAGCGGCUUGAGGGACAGCCAUCACUGACAACUUCUGAGGUCCGAUUUACUCGUGCUGAAGCUCCCACCACGAUUUCGGAAUUACCUGGGUUGGUUUGUGAUGACAUAUCUGGUGGGCAGGAGAAUCUUCCUAUUCCUGCUACUAAUUUGGUUGAUGACCCACCUGUUCCUCCAACUGGUUUUGUGUACUCCAAAUCUCUAAAAAUUCCAAAGGGCAUCAAGAUUCCAUCUUAUUGUAAUGGCUGUGACUGUGAAGGAGAUUGCGCAAACAACAAAAACUGCUCAUGCGCGCAGCGCAAUGGUUCUGAUUUACCUUAUGUAUCACACAAGAACAUUGGCAGGUUGGUGGAGCCCAAAGCUAUUGUAUUUGAAUGUGGUGCUAAUUGCAGCUGCAACAACAACUGUGUAAAUAGAACAUCUCAGAAAGGUCUGCAGUAUCGCUUGGAGGUAUUUAAGACAGCUUCAAAAGGCUGGGGUGUCAGGACUUGGGAUACUAUCCUCCCUGGGGCUCCCAUCUGUGAGUACACUGGUGUGCUGAGGAGGACUGAAGAAGUAGAUGGUUUGCUGCAGAACAAUUACAUAUUUGAUAUUGAUUGUCUUCAAACUAUGAAGGGUCUGGAUGGAAGAGAGAAAAGGGCUGGCUCUGACAUGCAUCUGCCGUCUCUUCAUGCGGAGAAUGAUUCAGAUCCACCUGCACCAGAGUAUUGCAUUGAUGCUGGCUCUAUUGGCAACUUUGCAAGGUUUAUAAACCACAGCUGCGAGCCUAACCUUUUUGUCCAGUGUGUCUUGAGCUCCCAUAAUGAUGUUAAGCUGGCAAAGGUGACGCUCUUUGCUGCUGACACUAUACUUCCUCUUCAGGAGCUUUCAUAUGAUUAUGGCUAUGUCUUGGACAGUGUUGUUGGGCCUGAUGGAAAUAUUGUCAAGCUGCCUUGCUUCUGUGGUGCACCGUACUGCCGGAAGCGACUUUAUUAGAUCUGCACCUGUUUGCAUCUAUUUGGAAUAUGAACCACUCUAAACUAUAAUAUAUAGUAGUAUAUGUAUUCAGUGCCAGGCGUGUAAAUGGCAUGCUGGAAACACUAUGAUAUUUUGCAGAAGAUGAGCAUUCUGAUUUUUUUGUAGAGGUCAUGUUGGAGAUGCUAUGAUAUUUAGCAAAAGAAUAGCAUUCUAUUUUUGUGUAGAGAACAUGCUAUGAUAUCUUAUAAACAAUUAACCUAUAUAUCUAAGUGCUGAUUUAA